GCGAAACUGCAGCUUAAGCUUUCCUAUGAACCAACACAUUCACGUCAGACUGUUUAAUCUGCUAAAUUUAGUUGAAUUAAAGAUUAAAAGUUUGAAUGGAAAAUAAUAAAGUUGUAUUAAACACGUUUGUUGUGUUAUGUGUCAUCGUGCUGAAGGCGGAGCAGCUGUCCGGCGACGGUGGCUGGUCUGAUUCAGAGUUCAGACUGGAGGAUGAAGGCCCUUGUAACAUCGAUGUGUGGGACAGCUCUUCGCUCUCACAUCAGCAGUUCAUUGAAAGAUACGCGUACAGCCGACCGGUGAUCCUCCGAGGCCUCACUGAUAACACGAAAUUCAGGUCGUUGUGCUCCAAGUGGAGUUUACUAGAAGAAUACGGGGACCGGAGAGUGCGGCUCAGUACUGCUAACACUUACUCUUACAGGAAAGUGGAUGUCCCCUUUCAGGAGUAUGUGGACAUUUUACUGAGGCCUCAGUCUGCGGACGCUCUCGGCAGCGACACGCUGUAUUUCUUCGGAGACAACAACUUCACCGAGUGGCAGAGUUUGUUCGAGCACUACGAGUCUCCGCCGUACGUCCUGCCUCGCACCACCGGAGCGUUCAGCUUCGGGAUUGCAGGUCCAGGAACAGGAGUCCCGUUUCACUGGCACGGUCCCGGUUACUCCGAGGUCAUAUAUGGAAGAAAGCGCUGGUUCCUCUACCCACCCGACCAGGAGCCUCAUUUCCACCCGAACCGGACCACCCUGUCCUGGGUAACAGAGAUCUACCCCAACCUGCCCGAGGACGAGGCCCCGCUGGAGUGCACCAUCAGACCUGGAGAGGUUCUGUAUUUCCCCGACCGCUGGUGGCACGCCACUCUCAACCUGGACACCAGCGUCUUCAUCUCCACCUUCCUCGGCUGAGCUUCUUCUUCAGCUCUGCAGUAUUUCCUGUGUUUGAUGUUUCAGAGCGAUAAACUGUCGAUUGUUGGGAUCAUAUUUCAGUCUAAAGCAGAGGCGGAUCUAAAGAUUUUAAAAAUACCAUGUUCAAAAAUGGAAAUUAACUCAUAUAAUUUACUGAUGUUAUGGACAGAUUUUAGACUAAAACAAGAUGUAUUUCACCUUUAUAGAUUUCUAUUCGAAGCUUCACUAAUGUGCCACAAUAAUCAAGUUAAAAUAUCUUUUCCAAGCAAAUAUUGAUUUAUGUGAUUGAUUGUGGAUGUGAAUAUUUCUCUAGAUCCGCCUCCCCAUUUACUUUGCAGGUGAAUCUUUUCAACAAAGAUUAUAUUUAAUGACCAAAGGAGCUAAAAGUGACAACGUAAUGUGUUUUCUGUCCCUUCUAUGUCGGGAUCAAUAUGUGUGAGAGUUAAAGAUCUGUGUCAUCGUAUUAUUUUUAUCAGCCAGUUGAACUUGAAGCAAUAAAGCACAAAAACAUCUGUUCCAGUCACUGUUGUUGUUUCAGGAAUAAAGAUGAUUAUUAAAA